CGAUUCCGUGCCGAUCUAGCGUCUAUCCAGUCAACAAUCCAUGAAUUAAUCCUCGAGUCUGACCAGAAUGGAGACCGAGUCGCCCCUCUCAACGCCUCAGCCUGGGCCGGCCACCCAGGGCGACGCCUCCCCUUCGACCGAUCGGAGAAAAUCUGGCCGCGUGACGCGCAGACCCGAACUCUACUCACAAAGCUACAGCGCCAGCAACGGCGCGACUCCCAGCGGUGCGAAACGUAAGCGUGCCGCGACAGGCGACAGCAACGAUGAAGGCGAGGACAGCGAACAGAGUGAGGACCACGCGUCGGAAUCCGACGACAUCGAAUCCGCCGAUGAAGAGCCCGACGAGGAAGAACUACGAGAGAAGAAGCGCGCCGCGCGCAAGGCAUCAUCGAAAUCGAAGAAGCAGACCCCCGGGUCGUCCAAAUCAAAGUCGAACAAGUCUCAGUCGUCCCGAUCGGCCAAGAAACCCAAGGUCGCUGCGACUGCCGGCAAUGGCGUCGGCCGUCAAUUGGCCCUGCGACCCGCAACCAACGGGAAGCGGUCGCGGCCCAAGCAGAUGAAGGCGCGGUUGACCAUGGCUGCUCGACAAGGCGGGCUUUACGCGGAGAUCUUUGGGAAGGGUCGCAAUGUGGAAACGGUUGCCGCGGAAUGGCUUACUGCGUACCAGGAGGAUCAGUCGGCGGCCGUGACUGAACUGGUCAAUAUGAUGCUCAGGUGCUCCGGAACCGAUCUUGAUGUCGAUACGCACGAUAUUGAGGAUGUAGACAACGUCCCAACUCGUGUGGCAGACUUGGCGACGGAGUACGAUGCGGUUGGAAUCACUGAGUAUCCCCUCAUAUCGAAAUCCCGGAAACUGAGGUCCUUCCAACCCGUCCUCGAAAGCUUCUUCAUGGCCCUGAUCCAGACUCUGCACCACUCCUCUGUCCUGUAUACCGAUCCCAACUUGUUUGAAAAUCUGCUAGUCUGGAUGGCCGGGUUCUCCACGAGCAGGUGCCGACCUUUCAGACAUACGGCGGUCGUCAUUACCAUGACAAUCAUGAACGCUUUCUGUGAUCUCGCUCGAGAAAUCACCACUCUGGUAUCCACAUCUCGCAAGCAGCUCGAAAGUGAAAGGAAGAAGAAAAACGUGAACAAAGGAAGAGCGGAUGCAAUUGCGUCAGCUAUAGAAGACAAUGAACAGAAGAUCGAAGUGAUCGAUGACGCUCUGAAAGACGGCGUUGACGUUGUCUUCGUGCAUCGCUACCGAGACAUUGACCCCCACAUUCGAACAGAAUGCAUGAUGUCUUUGGGACGGUGGAUGCGCACGUAUCGAGAAUAUUUCUUCGAAGGACAAUUUCUUCGCUAUUUCGGUUAUAUCCUUGCGGACUCUGCUCCUCAGGCACGCCUCGUCGUUGUGAACCAGUUGCGCGAUCUUUAUGGGAACAGAGACAAUGUGGCUGGACUACGAGCAUUCACCGAACGCUGGCGGCAACGGUUGGUUGAAAUGGCCGCUCACGACGCAGACAUCACAGUACGCGCCUCAGUCAUUGAGCUGCUCGACAUCGUCCGUGAGACCGGAUUGAUUGAGCCUGCCGAUAUAGACACGGUUGGUAAACUCGUUUUCGAUAACGAGGCGCGGGUGCGCAAGGCAGCUGGCCGUUUCUUCGUUGCCAAUGUUGAAGACGUGUUCGACUCUACCUUGGAGGAACUCGGCGAAGAAGUUAAUGAAUUGUUCGGUGACGAAGAUGAAGACGACUUCGAAUCGCCAAAACGGUCUUGGAUUAAGUAUAAAUGUCUGGUCGAUAUACUGCAGGCUUACGACAGUAUGGAGAGCGAAGAACACCCAGAAGACCCCUCGAUCCCGUCGCGAGACGCACUUCUGGGAGCUUCCAUGGAAACUCGAUUUGUUCUCGCCACAGAGGCCAUUCAUCCCCACUUGGCUGACCUAUCUCACUGGCAAUCUUUAGCUGGAUAUCUUCUGUACGACCAUUCUCAAAUCUCCGACGAUACCGCGGAGGAUGACACCGCGGCCUCGGUCCGACAAGCUUAUAAGAUGCAAGAAGGCCAGGAAGUGAUUCUCCUUGAAGUCCUAUGCUGUGCCGUGAAACUGCGCGUUCUUGAUAUCGCCAAGUCUGACAUCGAUAAGAGAGGACGGAAGGUCAAGGCGUUGACCGAUAAGAUUUCAGAACUGCAGGAAGAAAUCGCACACAGUCUUGCACAAAUCAUUCCACAACUUCUGAAUAAGUUCGGCUCGGUACCGGAAGCCGCCUCUGCUGUUCUCAGACUCGAGCACCUGGUCGAUCUGGGCAAGAUCGAAGAUAUCCAAAAAGAUGCAACAGCUUAUACCUCGCUGCUGAAUGAUAUCAACAAGCAGUUCCUCACGCACUCGGAUCGGGAUGUUCUUGCCGAAGCCAGCGUCGCGUUCUUGCAUGCUAAGAGUUCUGAUGACAUGCGCGAGGCUCUGGAGGGCAAGGUACAAGAGCUGUGGGACAACAUGAUUGACACUCUGGGUACAUUAUCUCGGAAAAAGGAGGUCGCAGAGGGAGGCUCGAUAGCUCCAGCCACUCUCAACGAACUUAUCAACACGGUCACCAGAAUUUCCAACCUGGCCAGCGUCAUCGACUGCACUCACGUUCUGGAAACUAUGCCGUCCACUCGGCCCAAGGGAAAGAGUAAAGACUUUGCAGAGGCGCCGUUCAACACCUUUUUGCACCUUGUCGAGCGUGGACUCCGUGCAGAGGAGGACGACGAAGACUCAGCGAGGGCAGAAACGGAAUUGGUGGUCAACGCUAUCAGAACCCUACUUUUUUACUUCAUGUGGAAGGUUCACUUGUUGGUUUCGGCCCUAAAAGCCGGCAAGGCGUCCUUCAAUACCGCUUUCUUUGAAGCCCUGACCAAAGGCCGCGAGAUGUUCGUUGCAGCGCUGACUGCUAUUAUGAAGAGUCGCUCUGGUCUCGAUGAUAUCCGCUUCUGCGCCGCCACGACUCUCCUAGACCUACAGACUCUAUUCGGCACCCUCCGCCAUGCGGGGCUCGGCGUGGGCAACGACGAGGACACCAUUUUCCAGACCCAAAGCUUGGUCCACGAGAUCGGGGACGAGCCCAAGGCCCUGAUCACCAAGAUCCAUGGCAUCGCAGAACGGACAUAUGCGAAGAAUAUCCGCGUCGCGCUCGCACCCGCCGAUGAAGACGAGCCGUUGUCCGAUGACGAUAUCCAGAAGGCGCCGGUGGAUGAAGACGAGGAGGAAGACGACGACGAAGACGCCGACCAACCGCUCGACGACGAGCGCCUCCGGUCCAGCAUCGUGGCGGAGCAACGGCUCUGCGAGCUGACCGGAAAGAUCGUCCUCGCCAUCGUAGGCCGCAUCCUGGACGCAUCUGGCUCCGACCAGGGACAACUACGCAAGCGACUCCUUCACCACAAGGCCAAGCUCGGUCGCAAUUACCGCGAGGUCCUGGCCUUCCUUGAGGACCGCAAGCCCCGAACCGCCGCAUCACGAGCCACGUCUGCCCAGGCCAGGGCGAAGCAGCCCGCUGCUCCCGCCCAGCCCACGACCGACAAGCCCGGCGCCGCGAGGAGCGGUGUCAACACAACGAUCAAGCAGCGUAAAGAAUCUCACAAAUCCGCUGAACGAAUCGAGGACGACGACGAUGACGACGAAGAGGAGGAGGAGCACGAAGAAGAGGACGCAAUCGAGGACGACGGCUCCGAAGACGGCGAGGAGGACCUCCGCGCCCGAGGUCUCGUCGAGGAAAGAAACAUUGACAUUAUCGAUCAAGACGAGGAUGAAAACGCGGCCUCCCCUGCGCCGGAUGACGAGGACGAAGUCAUGGGUGAUUGAGAUUUAAUUCCUGUAGUUUGAUUUCUAUUUUUCUUACUCUUUCGUGUGUGUCCAUAUUCCAUUUGUUUAUUUUAUCUGCUUGUUUGGAGACAUGGCACAGUUAAGAGGCAAAAUUUCACGGUGUUUCUUUUUCGUUUUCGAAUGUGUUCAUUCUGUUCAUUCAAGCCUGGGUUCCCUUUCUUUUUUUUUUUUUUUUUUUUU